CAAACUUCAGCAACCAUCUAGAUCAUCCCGAACCUUCAACGAGAUGUUUGCCGCCUCUUCAAACCUGCAGAACCCAACCCACCCAACAGACUGGGCAUUUAAUCAGGUUUUAGUACGACCUUUUGUAGAAGUUUCAUUUCAACGAACAGUUUGCCGAACAACAACGGCGGAAGGGCCCAACCCCAGCUGGAAUGAAGAGCUGGAACUUCCAUUUCGAGCCCCCAAUGGAGACUACAGCUCUUCCAGCUUGCAAUCGGUGAAGGACGAUGUGUUCGUUAACGUGUUUGAUGAAGUGCUGUACGACAUCUUAGAGGAUGAUCGUGAAAGGGAAAGCGGAGGCGUUCACACUCGUGUUGAGAAGCACUGGCUGGGAUCGGUGCGGAUCCCUUUCACAACUAUAUAUUUUCAAGGAAGAAUUGAUGGUACGUUUAAGAUAGAUAUUCCCCCAGUUCUUCUUGGGUACAUCAGGGGGAAAAAUCUAGGAAUCGAAAGAGGCUAUGAUUCCAUUCGAAAUCUGACAGAAGGCUCCUAUAUAUCACUGUUCAUUACUAUCGAACCCCAGCUCAUCCCUGGUGAAUCAGUUCGGGAAAAGAUGAAUGAAAUGCUUAAGAAGGUACAUGGUGCGCUCUCUCAUGUGUUAUCAUUUCCCCCUUCCCUGUUUUUAAAUAGAAAAGUGAUUACUCUGUCUGUACACCGGUUAUUUAAGUGUACAAUGCUGAAUGUUACCUUGGAUUGUUGCUAUUUUAAAGAUAAGCAUUU